AUUUGACACUUGAAGAAGUUGCCAAACAUGCUUUGCAGACUCCACUGUGCCCUGUGGUCGCUUACUGAAGACAUGGUCAACACAACAGUGUUCUUCAGCAUCGUGGCUGAUGGCGAGACCCUGGACUGUGUCUGCAUCCAACUGUUUGCAGAAAAAGUUCCAAACUUUCUUAGUCUGAGCACUGGAGAGGAAGGAUUUGGAUAUAAGGGCUUCUCCUUUUACAGAAUUAUUCCAGGAUUCAUGUGCCAAAGUGCUAACUUCAGAAGCCAUAAUAGCACUGGCCACAGGUCCAUCUAUGGGGAGAAAUUUGAGGAUGAGAACUUCAUCCUGAAGCAUACAGGUCCUGGCAUCUUGUCCAUGGUAAAUUCUGGACGAAACACAAAUGGUUCCCAGUUUUUUGUUUUGUUUUGUUUUAUCUGCACUUCCAAGACUGAGUGGCUGGCUAGCAAACAUGUGGUCUCUGGGAAGGUGAAAGAAGAUGUGAGCAUCCUGGAAGCAAUGGAGCAUUUGGGAUCCAGGAAUGGCAAGACCAGCAAGAAGAUCACCAUUUCUGACUUUGGACUACUAAGUUUUUUUUUGAUUUACAGGCUUUUAACCCAUCAGACCAUUCUUUCUGUAGCUCAGGAGAGCACCCCAUCUGCUACAGUCCCCAGGUAUCUCUGUUCUCAUUGA